CGUGAGGGAAGCGAAAACGUUAUGGAAAGCAUGGCAAACAUAAAGGUAGCUUAUUGUGGGUGGACUGGAUGGACUGGUUUCUGCAGGGGAGGGGAGCUGGCUAAAACAAAAUUGACAGGCCCAUUAGGCACACGGAGCACUCGGGAGUUUCAUGCUCAUGCUUUGAGGUGACGUGUUGGGGAGACUGGCCUUACUGGGGAAGGGACUGCUGUCUCUGUUCGUACGGCUUUUUUAAAAUUUAUUUACAAGACUUGUACUUCAAAGAGGUGUGCUUCAGUAUCCAGGAAUCUCUCAAAGAUCGAUCUAAAAAGCGUGAUGAGUACAGCCAGAGAGAUGUCCCAGUCAAUCACGCUGUACAAGAACCAGGACUAUUCUGAGCUGAAGGCUGCGUGCCUGAACGACGACAAGCUCUUUGAAGACCCAGAAUUCCCAGCUGAAGAUUCUUCGCUGUUCUUUAAAAAGUCACCUCCUGGAGCCGUCAAAUGGCUAAGGCCAAGGGAAAUCUGCGACGAGCCUCGUCUGUUUGUGGACGGAAUCAGCUCCCAUGACCUGAACCAGGGUGCGGUGGGAAACUGCUGGUUUGUGGCUGCCUGCUCCUGCCUAGCCCUCAAACCCGACCUGUGGGACAAGGUAAUUCCGGAUUGGAAGGAGCAGGAUUGGGACAUCAGUCCCGAUAAGGAUGCUGGCAUCUUCCACUUCCGCUUCUGGAUCUUUGGCGAGUGGUUGGAUGUGGUGGUGGACGACCGGCUGCCAACGGUCAAUGGGGAGCUCAUCUAUUGUCACUCCAAGAGCAAGAGAGAGUUCUGGAGCGCCCUGCUGGAGAAGGCCUACGCCAAGCUGUUCUUAUGCUAUGAAUGCUUGGACGGCGGUCUGACGGGGGACGCGCUGGUGGACUUCACCGGCUGCGUGACGGAGUACGUCGACCUAGUGGAGGGGAACUAUGCCAGCGACGAGUCCACGAGGUCCCGACUCUUCGAGACCCUCUCCAUAGUGUUCGACAGGAAUGGCAUCAUAACCUGCUCCGUGAAGGCUUCUCCGACUGAGAUGGAGCACAAGAUGGAGUGUGGCUUGGUCAAAGGCCAUGCCUACGCGGUGACGUCCAUCAAGAAGAUGCGGGUGGGUCAGAACAAGAACUUCAUGAUCCGGAUGCAGAACCCGUGGGGGAUGGUGGAGUGGAAUGGCCCAUGGAGCGACAGGUCUGAGGAGUGGAAGAAGCUGAUGUUCAUGGAGCGGGAGUCCAUAGGGCUCAUCGUGGACGACGAUGGCGAGUUCUGGAUGACAUUCGAAGACUGGUGUCACUACUUCACAAACGCGGAGGUGUGCCACCUUAUCAACACAUCACCAGGGAGCCAAGAGAAGACGUGGAAGCAGGCUGUCACCUUCCGCAGCUGGACCCAGCACGAUGAUCCCCUACUCAACCGUUGUGGGGGGAGUCCAAAUUAUCAGCAGAGCUUUCUGCAGAACCCGCAGUACAUGUUCGACCUGCUGAAGGAUGAUGAGGAAGUGCUGGUGUCCCUGCAGCAGAGAGACAUGAGGCUUCUCAAACCGGUCGGCGAGGGGGAGAACCUCACCAUCGGCUUCGUCAUCUUGGAGGUUGAGCUUAACAGGAAGUAUCGGCUCCAUGACAUAAAGACGCAGAAGAUCGUGGCGAAGUCGGUCUACAUGAAUGCCCGCACUGUCUUCCUGCGUAAGGUGCUUCCCAGGGGGCGCUACAUAAUCAUCCCAACGACGUUGACGCCGGGUGUGCUGGGAGACUUCAUGUUGAGAAUCUUCAGUGACGUCGAUUGUGCCUGCAGAGUGCUGAUGGACGACAAGCCCCAGGUGAAAUGCUGGAGUGGCUUUCUGGGUUAUCCUCAGGUGGUGACACAUAUCCACAUAGAGGGAGUGGAGGGACUGGAGAACCAUGACAACAGCCAAGGUAUUGAUCCCUAUCUGAUCAUCCACUGCGAGGGACGUACCAUCCAGUCUAGAGUCAUUAAGGACACCAUGGACCCAGUCUUCAACAUCUCAGCCAUCUUCUAUAGAAAGAAACCCAGCAAGCCAAUUGUUAUCGAGGUGUGGAACAGCAAUGACAUACAGGACGAGUUUAUGGGUCAGGUGGUCUUGUCCAAAACCAAUGGUGAGGUAGAUGAUCAGAUGAAGCUGCAGCUGAGCAAGAAAGACCAGAAAGCGACUGGCAUUGUCAGUCUGAGAGUCAUUACUUCCACCCAGCUGACCAGCAUGUGACUCUGGCCCCCAGCCAAUCCCUGAUUGGUGAGGCUUUUUUUCUCCAUACCUUCAAAGUGUGGUUAGUUGGCUUAAAGCGUAGCCAGUGUUGACCUCCAUACCAGCAUCAAAACCUGGAAAUGCAAGGUUCAAACUGUAAAAAUGAAGAGUAAAAUGGUGCUAAAAAAAAGUGUGCAAGAAAUCUCCACCCCCACCCCCCCCCCCCAAAUCAGCCAAAAAUUCACCCAUGUUGAGUUGAAGUCUUCACUUCGGCCACCAAGCCUACAUUCUGUGCAUGAGGUGGAAUUUGCAAUCAGGACCUAUUUGGGAAGUUAAGGAUAUUGCGAAAGUGUAUUUGACAACUAUGAGUUCCUGGAUAGGACUUUAUCAGGGUAAAUAUAGUAGUCUAUGUCUUUGAUUUUCUAUCAUGUAAUGUGUCUCAACUUUUUUUUAAUCAUCAUAUAUCACAAUCUGUUUCCUUAGAGUAUCUGUCCGUCUUUUCACAUUACACUAGUGAUUUUUUUAAGUGUUGUACAAUGACUUUUAAGAAAUUGAAUGGCACGUGUGACAUAAAAUUAUUAAUUUAACGUGUUCUUAUAUAAGACAUUCUACUAAUGUAUUUCAGCUAAGUUAAAAACACAUUUAUACAAGAAUAAAUAUCUUUAUUCAGCAUCACCGAGAGCAACAAAAAGUGUAAAUGGAAAUCAUGAAAAAAUUAUCAGCUUAUAGAGGCUUCUGUUGUCCUGUGUUUGACGUCUGAGUUUUUUUGGUAAUAAAACCAUUGCUAAUUUAA